CCUCUCUCUCUCUUUCUCUCUCUCCCCACCUUUCAUCUUCUCCCGCAAAUCCAUGUCACAGUCUCGUCCCAAGUCGUUCUCCCUCUCCACUUUUCAUCUUCCCCCAACAAAUCCAUCGCUUUAUGUGUACUGAAAUUUUAACAGACCCCAAUAGGAUGGGCAAUGAGAAGGCAUUUCCCGUUUCCUGAGAGGCAGGCAUUCUGGAUUUUUCUCCGUCAGAUUUGAGAGCGAAAAUCAAGGGCAGAGUCGGAGCAAAGACGAAAUGCAUCUUCUCAUUUUUGGGCAUUCUUUCGCCGAGCUCGUGGCACUGAUCCUUCUCCCCGGGCUUGCGUUCUAUUUUCUCAAUAAGAAGAAAGCUAGUGCGCGUGGAAAUGCGCGAGAUGCUGAUGCUGGCGCAUCUGAUUCGUUGAUUGCGCUGACGGAAACUAAUUCCGGUGGAUCUAGUUCAUCUCCGACAGAAACGAAUAACAGUGUAUCUAGUUCGUCUCCGACAGAAACUAGCAACGGUACAUCUAGUUCGUUGACUGCGUCAACUGGGAAUUGCUAUGAGGUGUUUUUGAGUUUCAGAGGUCCAGAUACUCGAAAAGGCUUCACCGAUCACCUCUAUAUUGGGCUCGUUGAUGCUGGAAUUUGUACUUUUAGAGACGAUAACGAGCUCCGCCAAGGCGAGGAGAUCGGCCCAGAUCUUUUGGCUGCCAUCAAGAACAGUAAGAUCCUGAUCCCCAUUCUCUCGGUGAAUUAUGGAUCGAGCAAAUGGUGCCUAGAUGAACUGGUUCAAAUAAUGGAGUGCAAGAAUAAUAAUAGGCAGAUAGUGUUGCCUAUAUUCUACAAAGUGAAACCAGCAGAUGUGGGACAUCAAAUCGGGAGUUUCGGAGAUGCAUUUCAUGAGCGUGAAAAGCGUUCGCUUGAGAGGAGUUUCGACCCAACAAUUUUGGAGAAAUGGAAGAAAGCACUCCUUGCGGUCAGCACCUUGAAAGGAUACGAAGCCGAUGGGUAUGAAGGAGAAUUGGUGAAAUGGAUCGUCCAAAAAGUGUUGAGGGAGCUGAAGAAAGAGUUUGCAUUGGUUAUUCCUGAAAAUUUGGUCGGAAUUGAUGGUCAUGUGGAGGAGGUUAUGAAAUUUGUAGAUAAUAAUUCUAGUGCUACCCUAUUUAUCGGAAUCCAUGGAAUGGGAGGCAUUGGUAAGACGACUCUUGCUAAAACCAUCCUCAACAAGCUCUCCGAUCAGUUUAAGUAUCGUAGCUUCAUUGCAGAUAUUAGGGAAUCAUGUCAACGUAAUGGACUUGAGUACUUGCAGAAUCAACUAAUCUCUGAUAUAUUGAAUCAAAAGAAUCAAAUUUCUAAUAAGGAUGACGGGAUUAAGUUCAUCUCAUCCAAGUUCAAAGAUAAGACAGUCCUUAUUCUUCUUGAUGAUGUGGAUGAUGUUGAUCAAUUGAAGGCUUUGGUUGGAAACCAUAAUUGGUUUUCUUCUGAAAGUAGGAUCCUUAUAACCACUAGAAAAGUUAGCGUUCUUGACAAUGAAGGGGUGGACUUCAAAUAUGAACAUGAGGUAAUGGAUGAGAAUCAUUCUAUGGUUCUGUUUAGUAGACAUGCAUUUCGAAGUAAUUCUCCUCCAAGUGAAUUUGAGGACCUUGCUCAUGAUGUUAUAACUACCACUGGAGGGCUUCCCUUAUCUCUUGAGGUUUUAGGUUCAUCUUUGUGCGGAAAAAAGCCAGCAUUCUGGAGAGGUACAAUAGACAAGUUAAAAAAAGUCCCUCAUAAGAAAGUGCGAGAAAAGUUAAGGAUAAGUUAUGAAGAAUUAGAUUAUGGACAAAAACAAAUAUUUUUGGAUAUUGCUUGUUUUUUCAUUGGCACCGACAGAAUAAUCACAUCCUAUAUGUGGGACGCUUGUGGCUUUUUUCCAGAAGAGGGAAUUGAAGAAUUGAGAUUCAUGUCAUUAAUAAAAAUUGGAGAUCAUCACGAGUUCAUAAUGCAUGACCAACUGAGAGAUCUUGGAAGGGAAAUAGUUCGCGAGGAAAACCAACAAGAGCCUCAGUACCGUAGCAGGUUGUGGGACUCCAAGGAAGUCCAGAAAGUGCUAAAGGAAAAUAAGGGAACGAACAAGAUUGAGGCCAUUGAUCUAAGUGAAGGCAGCUCAGAAGGCUUCGGCAAAACAACUGAGCGAGAUGGCAACAUUUACACAGCAAAACAAUUCAAAAAAUUGACCAGUCUAAGAUUCCUUUACAUGAAAGGGGCACAUCUCAGUGGAGAUUUUAAGGACUCAAUUGAGGAGUUAAGAUGGCUUCGAUGGCCAUAUUGUCGUGUGAAUUUUAAAGUAAACAAUUUUCACAUAAAGGAAUUAGUUGUACUCGAAUUGUCAUACAGCAAGAUAAAUGAGAAAUGGAGAGGAUGGAGUUCUUUCAUGAUGGCAGAGAAGCUCAAAUAUCUCGAUCUCGCGUAUUGUGAAUUCUUGGAAAAUACGGUCUUCCUCUCAGCUUUUAAGCAUUUGGAGGUUCUCAUCCUCACAAGUUGUCAGAGACUGAAGCAGAUCGAUCCUUCAAUUGGAGACGUGAAGGCCCUCCUUCGCUUAGAGUUGGGCGGGUGUGGGAGCCUCAUGGAGCUUCCAGCGGAAAUAGAGUCUUUGGAGAAUCUAGAGAUUCUGAAGAUUUCCAUGACCGGUAUAGAAGAAUUACCCAAGGGUAUUGGGAGGCUGAGAAAGCUUCGAGAGUUAGAUGCUUGGAAUUGCAGGAAUCUGAAAGGGGAAAUGCCGGAAAGCAUGUGCAAUCUUUCUUCCCUACAAAAUCUUGAUGUUCGUUGCUGCUGGGGGCUCCAAUCGCUGCCGGACCUUCUUCCUUCCAGCUUAACAGAUUUGGGCGUCAGCUGUCUUGGUUGCAAAUUGCCCUCACUUUCCCACCUAACCGAUCUCAAGCAACUACGAGUUUUGGCAUGUGGAUGCAUCCAAGGGCUUCCAUCAACACCAGUAAAGAAUUCAGAAUGCUCCCGACCGAUGGAUGUUGAAGAAUCAGAAUUACCACAAUCCCUAAACACCCCCUUCAAGUUGGAAAUCUUGAAUGUCUGUGGCUGUCGAUCUAUCGAAACGCUGGACGUUUCACAGUUUAUCCAACUAAGGACGUUAUACGUCGGAGAAUGUGAGAAUCUACUUGAAGUUCUAGGUCUUGACAGAUUGAUAUAUUUGGAAAGCUUGGCUGUCAGAUAUUGCGAAAACUUAGCUAAAAUUCAAGGCCUCGAUACGUUGGAGUUUUUGGAAAGCCUAGAUAUCUCUGAGUGCACUUCCAUUAAAAGGCUAGACCUUCCAAAAUCCGGGAGGCUGAAGAUCUUAAAAGCUGAAUACUGCAAAGAAUUAGCCGAAAUUCAAGGCCUCGAUAUGUUGGAGUUUUUGGAAAGCCUGGAUAUCUCUAAGUGCGCCUCCAUUGAAAGGCUAGACCUUCCAAAAUCCGGGAGGCUGAAGAUAUUAGAUGCUGUUGACUGCAUAAACUUAGCCGAAAUUCAAGGCCUCGAUAUGUUAAAGUUUUUGGAAAGCCUGGAUAUCUCUGGAACCAAGCCACUCAAAACAAUUCCAGAGUUAUCUGGAACGCGGAUUUAUCAAAAUUACGAUGACAAGUCAUUUGGUUAUGCCGGAAAUGGAUCAAAGUAUAUAAAUUUCAAAUUACGAGUAAAUCUUCAAUGUGGGGUUGGGCAAAACCUCAAAUGUGUGUUUUGGCAAAAUGAUUUCUAUCAUGCCAGUAACGAAAAUAGAUGA